GAAACUUGCAAAGGCUCUUCCAUGAACAUCAUCAUGAACAUGAUAACAUCAGUGGACCAGAAGUAGUAGUGUGCAGUAUCGGAGCAUGUCAAGCCUACUUCCUUUUUUAAGUGUAGGCUAGUUCUUAUUACGCGGGGGGGUAUCUGGAGCUCCAGAUACUCUCCGCCAAGAGACCCGCCCUCCUCUGACACUGAUUGGCCGUGACCCUGAAACAAACCGAUCAAACCAACGAUGGCAGCGAGUAUUACCCAAUCAGGGGAAGAAUAGGACGAGUCUUCAUGCGGGUGGGAUGAUUUGCAUGGGAUGCUGCGUUGAAGACAACUCUGAAAAUACGGGACAAGACCCGUUACGUAUUGAUUCAAAACGGGAUGCGCUAUUUUAUUCUCAAAUACGGGACGAUUCCGUAUAUUAAGGGACGUGUGGCAAGUCGAACUCCCGAUUUCUACCUUGCCAAGUGUUUAGCACUGAUUGCCUAUACCUCACCUUCACAAUUUCACCACUUAGGUUUUCUUUCUCGUUCAAUUAGGAUAAAUCCUGCAUUCUGAUUUACAAGUUCCUUUUCCUUGAUUCGAAUAUCAUGGAUCGCGAAAGCUGCGGCAUGAAUGGCAGAGGUGGGCAUAACAGCGUCAGCGAAUCUGUCUCACUACCCUCUUUAAGGAUUAUAACAUUGGUAGAUUUGGAAUCUUUCACGGAGGACGAGGAUUUGGAUCCAGACUCAUUUGGCGACAACGCAGACUUAGAUGGACAGAACGAGGUUAUGGAGCAAGAGGAUCAAGACCGACUCUUGAAUUUUUGGCAGGAUGUUGGUAGAGGGCAUGCCAUCGAUAUACCUCAAGAUAUGGCCCAGCCAAUCCAGCAGCUUACCACUGACAUGGAAAACACACCUGUAAGGGAGAAGGUCCCCUUCACACUCGUCACCCAUGAGAAGUGUGACAAUGUACCGUAUGAAAAGCGUGUCUACCAGAGGGCCUUCUGGGCAUGUGUCACCAUGCAGAACGAUACGUACGAGCAGAGCAUCUGUGCUGGCUUCAUGAAGCUCAUGAGAUAUAUCUGCCAACAUAAUACACUAGGGAGUUACCUGGGUAUGACCGUGCCAAUAGUGACAGUGGUGCGGACAGACGAGACUCGGACCGCACUGUCCAGAGCUGUAACGGUGGCGUACCACCUGCCCUGUCAUCACCAGCACCAGCCCCCUAUACCUGCUGACCCUGACAUCACCAUAGAGACGUGGCCUGUCACUGUGGCAUACGCCAGGUCUUUCAGUGGUCCGACCAGCGAAAGCUCCAUCCUGAGGGAGAUCAAUGCCUUCUCUGAGGUAUUGGACCCUCUGGAGGUUUCUGUGAGUGAUUCUUUCAUUGUGGCUGGAUACACCAGCCUGGCUGCAACUCACAGACACAACGAAGUCUGGUUCUUGGAGCGCCUCUGAAGCCUGGAGGAUCUGUUCACCACACAAACAACUUGUAUCUGUGUGCUGGUUAUACACCAGUGAUCAAGUGGGUGCGUGCUAUAUGCUAUAAUAUUACAGCACAAUGACUCUCCUUUUUGCAUACAUAUUAAUCGUUUACAUACAUUUAUUCAGAUAGCAUUUUUAUCCAAACUGACAUACAUACUGGAAAACGAUGUACUUACGGUCCU